AUGAUAUCUCUAAAGGUGCAUGGAUUCAUCCAAAUUUGGAGCCGGCAGACUGGGAUGACUAAGUUGAAAGAAGCUCUCAUUGAAACAGUGCAAAGAAAAAAGGAAAUUAAACUGGUGGUCACUUUCAAGUCUGGAAAAUUUAUAAGAAUUUUUCAGCUGAGUAAUAAUAUUAGAAGUGUGGUCCUUAGACAUCGUAAAAAAAGAAAAAGUCACCUGCGUUUAACUUUGAAAAACAAUGUGUUCUUGUUUAUUGACAAAUUAUCCUACAGAGAUGCUAAACAGUUGAAUAUGUUCCUGGACAUAAUCCAUCGAAACAAACUUCAACAACCCAUGAAACCUGAUGAUGAUUGGAGUGUGUUCGAAAGUAGGAAUAUGCUGAAGGAAAUUGACAGAACUUCAUUUUACAACAUUUGUUACAAGCCAGGUUAUGAAAAAGGAGGCAAAACACCUUUCCCUCAGAAGAUGCCUUUGUUUAUGUCAAAAUCACCAACAUAUGUGAAAAAGGGAUUAUUAGAAAAUCAAGGUGGGAAGAGGAAAGACAUACUAUCAUCUGACCUAGAGAUGAAUGAUGACAUUCUGAAGGAACAUAACCUUGUGUCAAACAGGAAAUAUAAGACAGAUUCCUUCAAGUAUAUACAAAGCUAUGGGAAUAAUCCAUCAAGUUUAGAGGACUCAGAAAAAGAUAGAAAUUUGGAACUUUGGCCUUCAUUCAACUCUAAUGGAAAUCCUAACCUAGAUGAGACUCUUCUUGCAACCCAGAUUCUCGAGGCCGAAAAUAGUUUGACAUUUCCAUUAGAACCGGAGCACAGCCAGUAUGACCCAAGAUGCAACGAAGCCCAGGUGCCUCUUGACUCUCUUUCAGAGCAACUGCAGCAAGGCUUCCCCAACUUGGGAAACACCUGUUACAUGAAUGCAAUUUUACAAUCGCUGUUUGCGAUUCCGUCUUUUGCUAAUGACUUACUCGCUCAAGAUGUCCCGUGGGAAUAUAUUCCCUUUGAGGCUCUUAUUAUGACCUUGACCCAGCUGCUUGCUUUGAAAGAUUUCUGUAGUACAGAGAUCAAGAAAGAAUUACUUGGGAAUGUUAAAAAAGUCAUUUCAGCAGUUGCAGAAAUAUUUUCUGGCAACAUGCAGAAUGAUGCUCAUGAGUUUUUAGGUCAAUGUUUAGACCAGCUGAAAGAAGACAUGGAAAACUUAAAUGCCAUUUUAAAGACUGGGAAAGAACAUGGGGACGAAAAUUCAUCUCCACAAAUGCAUGUUGGUAAUGCUGCCACCAAAGUGUUUGUUUGUCCUGUUGUUGCUAAUUUUGAGUUUGAAUUGCAACUCUCCAUUAUUUGUAAAGCCUGUGGUCAUGCCGUUCUCAAGGUAGAACCUAAUAAUUAUCUCUCCAUCAACCUGCACCAAGAUACAAAAUCGCUUCCUAUGUCCAUUCAGAAUUCUUUAGAUCUUUUCUUUAGAGAAGAAGAGCUUGAAUAUAACUGUGAGAUGUGUAAGCACAAGAGUUGUGUUGCAAUGCACACACUUAGGAGGCUCUCCAGGGUCCUUAUCAUUCAUCUGAAGCGCUAUAGCUUCAACGAUGCUUGGUUGCUGGUGAAGAAUAAUGAGCAAGUUUAUAUUCCCAAAUAUUUAAGCUUAUCUUCUUAUUGCAAUGAAAGCACCAAACAACCUCUUCCCUUGAGCAGUAAUGCACCCAUGGGGAAAUGUGAAGUCCUGGAAGUCACGCAGGAGAUGAUUUCUGAGAUCAUCAGCCCAUUAACACCAUCAUUGAAGCUGACCUCAGAAUCCAGUGACUCCCUGGUUCUACCCAUGGAACCAGAAAAGAAUGCUGACCUUCAGAGUUUCCAGAGAGACUGUGGAGAAGCAAGCCAAGAGCAGCAUCAGAGAGACCUGGAAAAUGGCUCUGCACUAGAGUCAAAAUCGGUCAACUUUAGAGAUAGGGCAUUCGGUGAAAAGAAGUGUCCAGUGGCUGACUCACUGAUGGAUCAGGGAGACAUUUCUCUUCCUAUGAUCUGUGAAGAUGGCAGUAAACCACUCAGCAGCCCAGACACGAGGCUUCUCGACGUUCACCUUCAAGAGAUGCCUCAACAUCCAGAACUUCAGAAGUAUGAGAAAACCAAUACAUUUGUAGAGUUAGAUUUUGACAGCAUCACUGAGUCUACCAAUAGCUCUUAUGAGUGUAAAGAAAACAGGUUUCCAGAAGGAUCUCCAAGGAUGUCUGAACAACUCCAGCAGUGUAUUGAGAAGAGCAUCAUAGAGGAACUUCUUCAGCAGGCACCACCUCCAGGUGUUAGGAAGCUGCAUGCCCAGGAACAUACAGAGGAGACCCUUAGUCCACCUACAGAAUUCAGACUUCAAAAGGCUGAUCUGAAUCACCUGGGGGCAUUUGGUUCUGAUAACCCAGGAAACAAAGACAUUUUAGAUACAGAGAACACAAGAGACGAAGUCAAGGAACUGAUGGGAAACAUGAAGAUGGGGGAUCCUCUCCAGGCCUACAGACUCAUCAGUGUUGUCAGCCAUAUUGGGAGCUCCCCAAAUUCAGGCCAUUACAUCAGCGAUGCAUAUGACUUUCAGAAGCAGGCCUGGUUCACAUACAACGAUCUAUGUGUAUCAGAAAUCUCAGAGACCAAAAUGCAGGAGGCGAGGCUUCACUCUGGAUAUAUCUUCUUUUACAUGCACAAUGGGAUUUUUGAGGAGCUGUUAAGAAAGGCAGAGAACUCUCGGCUACUUAGCACACAGGCAGAGGUGAUUCCUCAGGGGGAGUAAAAUGACUCCUUCUACAGACCUGCUUGACAGACUCACUGGGUCUCACUUCAUCCACGCAAGGAGAAUCCUAUACUUCACCU